CUUCUUGCCGAGACGCGACGGUCCGCCGCCGACUCGGACCUGCUUCCGCGGCUGGGGCGGCGAGGCCCGGAGGCGGCGGGCGGGAUGAGCGCGGUGCGCGGCGGAGCGGCACGGACGCUGCGGGUCCCGGGCCGCCACGGCUACGCCGCUGAAUUCUCCCCGUACCUGCCAGGCCGCCUGGCCUGCGCCGCCGCGCAGCACUACGGCAUCGCGGGCUGUGGAACUCUGUUGAUAUUGGAUCAAAAUGAAUCUGGGCUUAGGCUUUUCAGAAGCUUUGACUGGAACGAUGGUUUAUUUGACGUGACCUGGAGUGAGAACAAUGAACAUGUCCUUGUCACCUGUAGUGGUGAUGGCUCGCUACAGCUAUGGGACACUGCCAAGGCCACAGGGCCACUGCAAGUCUAUAAAGAACACACUCAGGAGGUGUAUAGUGUUGAUUGGAGUCAAACCAGAGGUGAACAGCUUGUGGUGUCUGGCUCCUGGGACCAAACUGUCAGAUUGUGGGAUCCAACUGUUGGAAAGUCUCUGUGCACAUUUAGAGGCCAUGAAAGUGUCAUUUAUAGCACAAUCUGGUCUCCCCACAUCCCUGGUUGUUUUGCUUCAGCCUCAGGUGAUCAGACUCUGAGAAUCUGGGAUGCAAAGGCAAUAGGAGUCAGAAUUGUGAUUCCAGCACAUCAGGCAGAAAUUUUGAGCUGUGACUGGUGUAAAUACAAUGAGAAUUUGCUGGUUACAGGGGCAGUUGACUGUAGUUUGAGAGGCUGGGACUUAAGGAAUGUGCGACAACCAGUCUUUGAACUUCUUGGUCACACCUAUGCUAUUAGGAGGGUGAAAUUUUCACCAUUUCAUGCAUCUGUGCUGGCCUCUUGCUCCUAUGAUUUUACAGUAAGAUUCUGGAACUUUUCAAAGCCUGACCCUCUUCUUGAAACCGUGGAGCAUCAUACUGAGUUUACUUGUGGUUUAGAUUUAAGUCUUCAGAGUCCUACUCAGGUGGCUGACUGUUCUUGGGAUGAAACGAUAAAGAUAUAUGAUCCUGCUUGUCUUACCAUUCCUGCUUGAGAUAACUACUGUGGCCAGAAACAGAGGAUGUUGGCUGAAGAACUACUUAACAGCAAAUAAAUUAACUGUUAGGAACAUAGACAUUAUGCUUUUAUAUGCUGUUCAGAUUUCAAAUUUUUCAAAUUUACCCUGGAAUCAGUUUUGAGGCAGCUGGUAAAGACUUUGGUUCAGUCUUUUAAGCCUGGUACAUAAGCCAUAUUGCUUUAAAGCGUAAGGGAUAAUUGAUAUUAUGAUAUAUCUUAUAAUAUCUAUUAAAAUGUAAUCUCUGUAUUGUAAAAUGGAUUAAAGAAUGGGAGAUCAGUAGAUUGUAUUGAUAGUGAUGUAUUUCAUUUUUAACUUAUAUCAUUUGUGAUAUAAAAUAUAAUCACUGCUGUCGAUAAAAAUCAAACUGCAUCUCGUGAUCAUUUAUCAUUUUAUGACAUCCCCAACAAGAUUGUUCUUUCUAAUACCUUGUAUAUAUGAAUACAGUACUAUAUGUAAUGUAGAUAUAUCUAUGGUUCAGUAACAAGGCACUAAUGUAGAUUAAUUUAUUUAUUCAGUGGUUAUUUAUUGAGCAUCUACUAUAUCCCUGACACACAGACUGAGAUUCUCCCAAGGACUGGUGCCAUGCUUUAAGAACAUGGAAUGCUGUGAGCUAAGAGCUUACAUUUUUUUUUUUUACAUUUACUCAAAUCUUUUUAGAUAUUGUACCCAUGACUCUAUAUUUCUUUCUUCUCACUUCUCUACUAUCAAAAAUAUAUUAAACUGUCCACUGAGCAAAAACUCUUAGGUCCUGCUAAGGCUUCUAGCUAUUGACCUUGAAACUAGCCCUAAGUGAUACUGU